CCUGCCCUUCUCUCCCAUUGCUACACCACUAUGACAGAUUUUCUUCUCUCUCUCUUACUUUAUCAACAGUGUUAAACUUGAGUUUGCUUGCCCUUUAGCUCGAAAAAGGAAGGCUCUGAUCAUCUCUGAUCUCAUCUUUUUCCUCCCUUUACCCUUAUUUUCAUAUCCCAAAUAACUGCAGUCUUUCAAGAGUUUCUUGCUGACUCUCUGCUGGUGCCUCCGCUGCUUUGUGUGUUCAACUUCAAACAAAGAAAUCACAGAUACUAUCUUUCAAGGAGAAUAGAAGCUGGAAGUGAAACCCUAAAAGGAAGAGCAUCAAAACAAGAAGCAAAGAUAAUAUCAUCAACAAAGAAAAGCAGCAGCUGCCAAGAUCCUUUAACACCCAAGAAUAAAAAGAUCAUUUUUCUCUGAUAAUGGACUUGGUUUCCCCACAAAACAACCCAAAUAACUAUCCAAGCCCGAUAGUUGGUUCAAACUCCAUGGCAACUACAGCUACCAACGACAACAUCAUCAGCACUGCAACGCCCACUUCUAGCACUACCACUGCACCUCCAUCGACCACUCCAAGCCGCUAUGAGAACCAGAAGCGCAGAGAUUGGAACACCUUUUGUCAAUAUCUGAGAAACCAUAGGCCUCCACUGUCUCUGUCAAUGUGUAGUGGUGCUCAUGUCCUUGAGUUUCUUAGGUACCUUGAUCAAUUUGGCAAGACCAAAGUUCACCACCAGACUUGCCCUUUCUUUGGCCUUCCUAACCCUCCUGCUCCUUGCCCUUGUCCUCUUAGGCAAGCCUGGGGUAGCCUUGAUGCACUCAUUGGCCGACUCCGGGCUGCUUAUGAGGAGCAUGGUGGUAGGCCAGAAGGGAACCCUUUUGGAGCUAGAGCUGUCAGGAUUUUCUUAAGGGAAGUAAGGGAUUUCCAGGCCAAAGCUAGAGGGGUUAGCUAUGAGAAGAAGAGAAAGAGGCCUAAGCAGAAGGUAGCAACACCAUCAGCACAGCCACCAGCUCCAACACCAGCAACACUUGCUGGUGCCACUGCUGCAAAAAGCACUAUAUAACUGGAAGAAGGAUAAGGUCCUUUUGCAGUCAGCAAUUGUCUGGAUGAUAUGGUUUUUAUGGGUUUUAUUUUUCUAAGGUAUUUCUCUUUGUCUACUUGAUUUGACAUUUCAAUGGCUUAGUUGAUAAUGUUAUAUAUACAUAUGAUGGUACAAGCCAAUGCCAAUGUUAGUAGAUAUUGUAAUCUUUACUUAUGUUGUUUCAUAUAUAAAUAUGAACUGCUGUCAUGAAAAGAAAGCAUUUCCCAAUGCUUCACUAAUAUCCAGAGAAUUAAUUUACCCAAAUAAAUAACAAUAAUAAUAAGUGUUUCUAUUGAAAGACAUUGCAUUGGCGAGGUGGAAACUUACAAGCCUGUGAAUAGUGUCUGUGAGGUAUAUUAGUCCAAAUACAACCAAAAAUAGAUCUAUUAUAAGGCAAGAAGACAAAAACCUAGAUUCAUCUUUUCUGAAAUUGGUUACAACCUAAAGAAAAGAGACACGUCAUAAAGUAUUAGAUAUACAAAAAUUAGGCCAAUAAACAGAUGGAAUAUUGAGGGUUGAAGCUAGCCUUUGUAGGGCUAUUUCCUAGUCCACUUGGGCAGACAAACUUUUGAACAUUAUUAAUUAAGGAUAAUACUUGUUUAAUACUUGGCUGAUGUUUGAUUGUUCUUAUGGGG